CAGCCGAGCCUGUCACUAGUACUGGAGAUACAGAGAGUGAGAUACAGAGAGACAGACAGAGACGGAGACUAAUAAAGAUCAGUGAGUUGAGGAUAAAAGUGACAGAGAGUUGGAGGAGUCGCACGUUUAGUCUCAGAGGGGGAGGAAUUUGCAGCCCUGUCAUUGGCUCAGCCCUGAGGCCCCGGGAGUCGCGGAUUGAGUGGAAUGAGGAGCCGGUGUCGGGGGCGGAGCUUAGAGAAAAGUCACACUCGCCCCGCCCCUCCCGGUGACUCCGCGGCUCCAGUUCUGACUCCUCAAAACUUUCCUUUUUCCCGGGAGCCCCCGACACCGCGUCUCCUCCCCCCGCCGGGACAACGCGCGACCCCCAACCGGUUUCACAGCAAAAAACGUCCAUGUGUCCGGGCCCGAAGGCUCCGCUAGGAUUUGCGGACUGAGGAGGAAACAGCAAGUCCAACGCAGUUCAUGGUAUCCAAAGGGUUGAAGAAGAAGAGAAAUCAAGUCCAGGCAAAAGGUCAGUUCAGGCAGCAAAGUUCUUAGUGGAUAUAACAGGCCAAGGUCAAUAACAGGAAUCAAGAUCAGGAGAAGUAAAUCACACCCAGGAACACAAUAAGUUGAACCUAUAAUUGGGCAAGGCUGUGGCUCAUUGGCGAAUUUCACGCGAAACGAGCGAAAUUAUGUCAUGCGUCAAGUGCUGAUGGCUGGUCCUUCAGACGAUAAUCAAUCAAGUUAAAAGAAGAUGUUCUCGACGAAACCAGAGAAUUGGGUGACGUUUGAUGAUGAAAAUCUGUACCAGCCGGCCCAGAAGUCUUUGCAUUUCCCCCAGGGGAAUCAUUACAUGCCUAAAGCCAAUGGGCUUAAACUGAAUCUGUACAACACGUCCUACGAUUGUUCCUCAGGUUCCAACCCCACUACUCCCAAUACGUCACCUGUAAUUGAUUUCUUUAUGAGUCCAAGUCCUCCAAGGAACACGCCUCUUUGUAGGCCUAACAGCGAUUACUCAGGCACCCCCUCCACACCAACAUCGGGGUCUUUUAUUCUGUAUCCUAAUUCUGACGUUUCAAGGAUUUCCUAUUCUACUUACACGGACUCACCAAUAGUAUCAACCAACAUUCCACUGUUACCAAAUUCUGUUUUGCCAAUAUUACCCAGCCCAAACAAGGCAAGUACUCCCAAAUACCCAUGUCAUAAUUAUUUAGCAACUCAGUCUGAACCGGCUCAUACUGAAUGCCCUCAACUCAGAUGUGCCUUUUCAAGUCCAUUUUGGAAUAAUGAGGCCCCCACUGGGGUUUCUGCACCUGACCAUGAGAGAAACUUCAAGGAAACUUGUGAUGAUCAUCAGAAAAGUCUAAACCAACUUUCUUUCAGUUACGUCUGUGAAAAACUUCAACACUUAAAGACAGAAGAUCCACCCGAUGAUCCAAAACAUCCAACUGCUUGUUUAGACACUGACAGCCUCUCAUUUAUUCCACACAGUCUUUUUAGAAGUGAAAGAAAAGAUGGGUGGCCAUUCAUGCUAAGGAUUCCAGAAAAAAAGAACAUGAUGUCUUCUAGGCAGUGGGGGCCCAUUUAUUUAAAGGUUCUACCAGGGGGGAUUCUGCAAAUGUAUUAUGAGAAGGGCCUUGACAAGCCAUUCAAAGAAUUCCAGCUUGGACAAUUGUGUAGGCUGUCGGAGCCAAAGGUGGAGAACUUCAGUGUUUCAGAUAAAAUCCACACUGUUAAAAUAGAGCAUGUUACUUACACCGAGAAAAGGAAGUAUCACCCAAAACUUGAAGUCUUUCAUGAAGCAGAAGUUGAACAGAUGCUAAAACUGGGAACAACCAAUUACCUGGAUCUUAAAGAUUUCAUUACAGCUGUAGAAGAAGAGCUAAUGAACCUCCCACCGACAGCUAAGCAGAAGAAGACUUACGACGAACCAGAAAUGAUUAUGGAACUAGUGGACAAUUUUUGGGGAAGGAUCAACAAAGACGGGAAAAUGAUGGAAACUUCUGUUAUUUGCCGUCUGCACUGCCUUUGUUUUGUUAACAAUGGUACAGAGUGCUUCUUAACACUAAACGAUGAUGAACUUCAGAACGUCUGUAGGGGUUAUUUUGAUAAGGUCAGUGAUCAAAGGCUAAUAGCCAUAACCAACUAUCAUUUCCACAAGUGUGUUAAAGCACAGGAAUUCCACACAUCGAGGGUCAUUAAAUUUAUCCCAGUUGACGCCUGCCGCCUUGAGCUCAUGCGCUUUAAGACUUCUUUCAGUGGGGAAGAACUUCCAUUUUCAGUGAAGACCUCAGCCGUAGUGCAGGGCGCGUAUGUGGAGCUCCAGGCUUUCCUAAACAUGUCUCCAAGUUUUACAGACAAUUUACACGUCAAUUCAGCCAAAUAUUGUGAGAACAUUGCAAUACACUUUCCAGUUCCUGCAACAUGGAUGAAAGCCCUUUGGACGGUUAGUCUCCAGAGGCAGCGCUCCUUAAAAACCAAGAUGAACAGAAGGACUUGCCUUGGAUCAACCUACGAAACAGAAUCGGAGCCAGUGAUACAAGUAACCGUAGGAACAGCGAAGUACGAAAAAGCUUACAAGGCGGUUGUGUGGAGGAUUGACCGACUUCCAGAUAAAAACAGUCAAGAUCAGCCGCACAGCCUGUCUUGUAAACUGGAGUUGGGUUCAGACCAGGAGAUCCCCCACGACUGGAAUCCAUACGCCGAGGUGCGUUUUGUCAUGGCUGCCGCGAGCGCCUCCGGGGCCGAGGUGAAAUCCGUGGGAAUAGAGAGCGACGUGCAACCGCACAAACGCAUCACGCACAAAGCUUGCUACAACUUGCAGCCCAUCAGUAUGUGAGAAACAGAUAUUUCCUCCAAACCCUCCAGCUGAAGAGUUCCUACUUUAUAAUGUUCAAGCCAUUUAAAGGACAAGGAAAUAUAAAACUACUGGGGCGUCGGUUUGUUCUGUAAUGUGCCUUCCUCGAACCUAAACCCACGCACGGGAUCCCUGGGAGCCGGGGAAAAGAUGGCGGCCGUCUGCCCUGGACAAAAGCACCAUGGGUCAAUGUACUUUAAGAAGAGGCAGGGGGUAAGGGAUUAGGUAGCUAAUAAUUGGACAGUAAUUUUACAUUUCCUUGUCCAUUAAUGCUAGCAACAUUUAUUGCAUUUUAAUAUACAGAAUUCUAAUUCUUUUUGUAUAGCACUACCAAUGGCUGAAACGCCUGGUAACCCAUAGCAACUAACGAGAUGCCGUUACAUGGGACUGCUCUAGUGUAGUUAAAGAUGAUGAAAGUAUAUUUCCUUUUUCUUUAGAUCCCCUUUAGGUUUCUACAUAGAGGCAGAGCUAUGGGGGGGGGCAUUCGGUUGCAGUUGUCCUCGAAGGAGGAAGGGGCCUGCGCUGAUCCAAAUAGUUUUCCCUGAAGGCAGAUGCUUCCUAAUCUCUUGAAUGGGAAACAAAAUAUCUGGCAGACAGGUGUGACAUCAGAUUGUCAUCAAUGCCCAAAUCACUAUUCUAGAGCCGACUUCCAGACACAGUUUGUGGGUCAUGGGUUUGGGUUGAGAUCUUCCUUCCUUCUUCCAACCCACCACCUUCCUGUGUCAGCUUCUUCUUCCGGUAGCUUCUUUUUAUUGCCCCACCCCCUUUUGUGACAUCAGAGAUGGGUGGGUUGGGUCUGGACCUCUACAUAUAAGUGCCGGGUGGGUUUCGUGUGGAUUGGGCAGCUUAGGGUCGGGUGCAGGUUGACAAAAAGUCACUUUAACUAACCAAGAUUCUGUGUUAAAAAAAGAACCCUGUGGUGGACUACUGAUGUCUUUAUUAGCCACCACCUAGAAAAUUGGUUUCCAAAUUGUGGGCUGUUCCUAACCCUAACCCCUGGGAGGUGAAUAAAAUAGUGGCAAGGGAGGCUCAGCCUUAAGGUUGCCAUACAUGGAGAGAUCCGCUCGUUUGGCGAUGAUAUCCAAUAUUGAUAUCCAAUAUCGGGCUGAUCAGAUCGUGGGCAGUUGGAUCG